AUGCAGAUAGUAAUAAAAGAAUUAACAUAAAUACAAGUAUAUUUUUUAAAUAAUUUAGAUUUAGACAAAACAUAACAAGGAGUAAAGGUGCGAUAAGGUUUGCGAAAUGAAAUUACUAUAAAUAUCAUAAUUUAUAGAAAAAUAUCUUGAUUGA